AUGGCCACCGUCUACAUUGCCAUUUACGAAGUCUAUGACGAGCGUGACCCUAAUCAUUGGGCACUUUAUAUCCUCAACAGCAACGGACAGCGCGUUAUCCUCCAGGUGAAUGAUGACAAGACUGGCGUUGGUUACUAUGUGGAGCAACCCGUCUACGACAAAGAACCUGAGCGUUCUGGCCGCCAUAAAGUAUCCAUGGCAGUCGGCCAGAUCCCGGCCGAAUAUUACAGCGUUGCCGUUUCUAUGCUCCUCGAAGUCCCGGUCGACAACGUGAGCUCCACCUGGAACUGCCAGGCUUGGGUUGUGAGCGCGCUGGAUUACCUUGAAAGCUCUGGGGUUUUUCGCUGGGAUCCGGCCGCCCGACAGCGCGUACUGGGCUUACGCCAACACUGGCAGUAG